AUGGCGUGUGGUUGCUUCAUCGCCAUCCUCCGUGUUGCUACGCCCGCGAAUAAUGGGUUCCUCCUUGAACGCUGGCUGCAGUUGAUGACCUGGAUCGUCAUGCUGAUCCAUCAUACCACGCUGGUGACCGAGUCAGUAUCUACUGCAAGAUAUUUGAUUGGGUUGAGAGGAUGCCUGAGCUGCUUCGUAGCAGCACUACUCUUAAUAGUGGAGCAAGGCACAAGCGAGGGGUUGGAGAAAUCUACGGAGGCGCUCCCUGUGAUGGCGAAGAUGAACCAAGCCAUCAUGGGAAUAUCAAUCUUGAUCACUCUGUCGUUGCCGCGACGAUCCCGCAUAUUCCGGGACGGAAAGGCAAUUGAUGGCGAAGGUUCAUCCUCCGUUCUGGGGCGUCUUUCCUUCCACUGGGUGAGCGAAUUGGUCGCCCUGGCCGAAGCCCGACGUCGCGUCACUUUGGAUGACCUGCCGGAGCUGGAUGAUCGGACACGAGCAAGGACUCUGGAGGAAGAGUUUUUCCAAGCCGCGUGCAAAGGUGCAUCACCUCGCUGUGAUGAACAGUCUUUAUUCAGGCUAUUGCUCCUUUCGCAUGGCAAGUGCCUGCGAAAUCAGAUUAUUCUUUCUCUUCCACUGGCUCUGGUAGCGUUUACACCACAGUUAGCAUUGUGGAGGAUGCUACAAUUGCUCGAAGAACAAUCAGCGAGACGAUCAGAGACUGCCGCCCUGGCGUGGUGGGCAUUGGUUUGUGGCCUCACGAUUGGGUUCUCGGCGUGGCUCGAGAACUGGCUGUUGUGGUUGGCCAUAAACAAGAUCUCGGUUCCCUUGACGCAGCAACUGACGGCGAUCUUGUACAACAAAGCCAUCAGUCACUCUCAACUGGCUGCGGAUAGCCUCAACGAGCAAAACCUCACAAACCUGAUCUCUAUGGAUACACAACGCAUUGCGACCGCGGCAGGGUUUCUCUAUUCGAAUGUUCUACAGGCAAUGAAACUCAUUGUCGCGAGCACCCUGCUGGCACACCUACUAGGAUGGCAAAGUUUGCUGGCCGGACUUUCCACCCUGCUGGUUAUUACGCCGUUGCACCGGAUCUGUCUGCAGAGGUACGGAGCAGCGGAGCGCGCCUUGACAGGCCUUCGGGAUAGUAAAAUGGCUGCACUAACCGAGGCCCUACAAUGUAUCCGACAGGUCAAGAUCGCCGCACUGGAACGCAAUUGGGAAGCUAAAAUCAAUCAGCUUCUUGAACGAGGGCUGCAGGAACACCGCACUGCUUUCCACUGGUAUUUAAUGAAUUUGGCUUGCCAUCUAGUCGGACCUGUCUUGGUCUCCGCGACAGCUAUAGGGUUAUAUACGUGGAUACAUGGGAGUCUGACUCCUUCCGUGGCGUUUCCUGCAUUGUCCCUGCUGGGAUACAUUCAGUUCAUCCUGGGGCUCAUUCCUGACCUUUGGUCUGGGAUUGUUGGCGCCAGGAUCAGCUUAAGGCGGAUGGGCAGCUUUCUUCAACCUGAGAAGAUGUCAUCAAUCACAAUGCCAGGGGAGCGUAUAGAGUUUCAGGACGCCACGAUAGGUUACGAAAGCUCGGAAGGAUCUCAACGCUCAGGGAGCUUGCGCGACGUAACAACAAGUUUCCCACCAAAGGAGUUAAGCAUUAUCACGGGUGCCACGGGCAUGGGCAAGAGCCUGUUGCUACGAACGAUUCUGGGCGAAUGCCGCAUACAGUCCGGGAUCGUGCGACGUCCGAUACCAGCGACAUACGAUGAGAUAUACGGAGAGGCAGCCACUACACAGCAGAGGUGGGUGAUUGACCACGCCGUUGCAUUCGUCCCCCAAAUCCCGUGGAAUGAAGCUGCCACGAUACGUCAAAAUAUUCUCUUCGGCCUCCCUCUUGAGCCAGAAAGAUACCGAUCCGUGUUGCAUGCCUGUGCGUUGACACAAGACCUUGAGCACCUGGAGCAGGGCGAUCUCACUGAUAUCGGGCCCAAUGGGUGUAAGCUGAGUGGGGGACAAAAAACACGUGUUGCACUUGCUCGAGCCUUGUAUUCACGAGCGGAAAUCCUGCUACUAGAUGAUAUUUUCAGUGCUGUGGAUAUUCACACAGCGCGGCAUAUCUUCAUGCAUGCCUUGACAGGUGAACUCGCCGAAGGCCGAACGCGAAUUUUGGUAACGCACCAUGUUCAGCUCUGUGCCCCUAAGACCAAAUAUCUUGUAUCCCUCGAUAAUGGGACAGUUGCUUUCGCAGGAAUCCCAUCCCAUGUAGUGGACGAAACCCCCGAGGCGAAUAAAGAUUCACCAGGUCAUGAAGACAAACACCAGAUACAGACAGCAAAUUCAACGCUAGCAUCACAUACAAACGACCCAUUAAUGUCGGGAGAUGUUACUACAGAGAACGCAAGUUUCGCCUCGGUGGAAGAUAGCCGAUCACGAAAGAAUCCAGUUCGACGGGGCAUUUUACGACAGUACAUUCAAACCAGCGGUGGCUGGAGGCCGUGGGCUGUCGUAGCCGGGUGCUAUGUUUCCUAUAACGGUCUUCUUCUUGUCUUGUACUCCUGGGUGCGCCUGUGGACCGAAAGCGGAUCCUCGACCAUACCAGACGCCAGGAGAAUGGGAUAUUACACGCUUGGCUAUAUCAUUAUUGCAUGUACCGCAUGUGUCCUGGGAACGUUGCGAUCCUACUUGGUGUUUGAUGUGUCGCUUCAAGCCGCCAGGGAGCUAUUCCACCAAACAAUUCAUGCCCUCCUACGAGCACAAAUCCAGUGGCUAGAAUCCGUACCUACAGGGAGUUUGAUCAAUCUGUUCGCUUCUGACUUUUAUCUCAUUGACUCGCGACUGGGACUUGAUCUGAUCGGGCUCUUCAGUGCUGCCAUGGACUGUGUUGGUGUGAUCAUGGGUGCGAUAUUGGUUUGUCCGGCGCUGACAAUCAUCGCCGCGGCCCUUCUUUGCGCGGUCAUUUGGUAUACUAAGCGAUAUGUCGUGGCGGUCUGUGAGAUUAAACACCUCGAGGCAACCACCAGGGGAACCGUAUAUGAACACUUCAACAUGUCCUCGCAAGGCCUUAGCACAAUCCAUGCAUUCUGCCGGAGGGAAGACUAUACCAGCAUGAUGCAUGCAAAGAUCGACCAACAGGCCAAGACUUCUUGGUAUUUAUAUCUGCUCAACCGGUGGCUGACCUUUCGUAUCAAUGUGUUGGGCACGCUCUUCUCAUUAUUUACGCUUUUCUUCGUUGUUAGGAGCCCUUCAAUCACUGGCUCUUUCGCUGGGUUCGCCCUGGUUUUUACCAAUCACCUGUGCCAUGCACUGGUCAUGCUCAGUCGGACGUAUGCGACCGCAGAGAUGGAUUUCAGUGCUGUGGAACGAGCCGUGGAGUAUACUGAGGUACCGACAGAAACCAGUGGAGGUGGAACUGCUCCUGACGGGUGGCCCACCGAGGGGAGAUUGUGUGUCAGGAGCCUGACUGUGGCCUACUCGCCGGAGGCCUCUCCAGUUCUUCACAAUAUUACCUUUGCCGUGGAACCCGGACAACGAAUUGGAGUCGUUGGACGGACUGGGGCAGGCAAAUCCUCGCUGGCACUGGCCCUCCUCCGCUGCCUAGAGGCACGCGAGGGGGCCAUUUUGAUUGAUGGUAUUGAUAUAAGCACGAUUAAAUUGCAUCAUCUGCGCCGACGACUUGCGAUGAUCCCGCAAAACCCAAUCCUUUUCACGGGCACCGUGCGAUCCAACCUGGAUCCAUUUGACAAGUAUUCCGAUGACUCGCUAAUCCGGGCACUUAAGCGCGUCUCCUGGGAGAGUCCUGAAGCGCUGCACGCAUUGGUGUCCGAUGGGGGAUCCAAUCUCUCUUGUGGUGAACGCCAGAUCCUUUGCCUUGCAAGAGCGAUGCUGUCAGACCCAGCUGUGCUGGUGAUGGAUGAGGCGACAUCGGCUAUGGAUCACGGUACAGAUCAGUUAAUCCAGCGCUCUAUCCGCUCUCAGAUGGGCGAAAAGAAUCCGACCCUUAUUGUUAUCGCACAUCGUUUGCAAACUAUCGCCGACUUUGACCGUGUGCUCGUCCUCCAUGAAGGAAGGGCAGUGGAAUUUGGGUCUCCCCAGGAUUUGAUGCAGUCCCGACAGGGGAUAUUCCGACAGUUGGUGGACAAUGAUGUGGAUAAGGAGACACUCUAUGACCAUAUGAAUAUAGCCGAUAGCUACACACCAUAG